AGGCCCUAAGACUUUUCUUGCUCGCGGUGUCCACUUAUCACUAGAGCCAUGUUUACGUGCACCGCUUGUCGCUUGGAGUUCGCGUCGCCUGCGGAGCAGAAGGACCACUUCCGCAUGGACUGGCACCGCUACAACCUGAAGCGUAAAGUGGUGGAGCUGCCGCCUGUGUCCGAGGAGCAGUUUGAGUUCCGUAUGCGCAAGGUUCGCGAGGAAAAGGAAGCACAAGCUGCCAACGACCCGAAACAGAAGCAGCACGAUCGUAAGGAACAAAUCAAGAAGGCAGGCGUCAAGACGCUGCUCAAAUGUGUGCCUUGCAACAAGACCUUCACCACCACGAACGCUCACGAGAACCACUUGGCGUCUAAGAAGCAUUUGGCUAACGCAAAGAAGAACCCAGGGGUCGCCUCAACGGUGGAGACUGUUGAGAAGCAGAUGGAAGUCGUCUCGUUAGAUGAUGGCCCUGAUGAGGAUUCACAACCCAGCGAUCCCAAGGAGAUGACGGAGGAGGAGCUGGUUAAGGAGAUCGAGGAGUACAAGAAGCAGGUGCCGCUUGAAAAGGAAGACUGCAUCUUCUGUUCGCACCAUGCAGCGGACUUUGACGCGUGCUUGGCACACAUGCUGAAGGAACACGGCUUCUUCAUCCCUGAUGUAGAGUUCUUGGUGGAUCUCGAGGGGUUGAUCAGCUAUUUGGCAGAGAAGGUCAAGGUGGGCUUCUACUGUUUGUACUGCAACGGUAAGGGCAAGUCCUUCCGUUCGCAUCAAGAUGUACAGAAGCACAUGACGUCGCUUUCUCAUUGCAAGCUGCGUUAUGAGGACGAAGACCUGGACGAGUCGGUCGAGUUCUAUGACUUCUCAACGCAGUUCAAGAAGAACAGGACUGUUGCUGAGGAGGACGUCCAGUGGGAGACAGAUAGCGAGGCUAGUGUCGACAGUGAUGAGGAAGUCAUUGAGGAGGAAGAACUCAGCGACGACGAGGACCACGAGAACACUAUCGGUGUGUCCGAGACGGGCGAGUUGGUGCUAGCCAGUGGCCGCCGUCUCGGUCGCCGUGAGUUCCGCCGCUACUACAAGCAGAGGUUCCGUCCGGACGAGACACGUGCGUCCGUGCUUGCUGCUCACAAGGAGAACUUGUUGCUGGCAUACCAAACAGCGGGCGUCGACCCUCGCGCUGGCAGCACAGCGCUGUCGACAGCGUUUGUGGCCAACUUCCUCAAGAAGCGUAACAACAUCGCUGGCGGCAUGUCCAUCGUCGAGGCCAAGCGCAAAAACUUUUGGCACGAGAAGAACCGCUCUCGUCUGGACAAUCGUAGCCACAAACUGCAGAAGAACCCGAACCGUAGGAUCAUGGUGACGGUCUAA